CUGCCAUGAAAGACUUCACCGAAAUCACGCUCUGCCCCGAGGCCCUGGACGGCAGCAAGACCGAGUUCUGCAACCCCGUUUUUGAGGGCGAGGAGCCCCGGGCGGCACCGAGCGCGGAGCACCCGCCGGACAAGGAUGGGAGCGGCCCCGCAGCGCGCCGGGACGGCCUCGGGCAGCAGCUCUGGGCACAGGUGGGCUGGAGGUACCGCGCCGACUGCAAGUUCACCUGGCUCUGCGUGGCUCUGAUGAGCGCCAUCCUGCUCUUCCUCAUCGCCCUCCUGCUCGGCAUCCUCAUCCACCAGCUGACAUCCCCACCUCCAGCCGGAGCCACGGCCCUGCCCGCCCGCGGCGCUGCCACCACCGCCACAGCGCCCAUCCGCAGGGACCCCCCGGCCCCCAAAACCGCUGCCACCCCAACCGAGAGCUGGCUGCCCACGGCCCGCACGGCAGCGCCGGCCUGCGGAGGGACCCUGCGCGGCCCCGAGGGCUCCUUCAGCUCCCCCAACUACCCCAGCCCGUACCCCCCCAACGCCGUCUGCAUCUGGCACAUCGAGGUGGGCGCCGGCCUCGCCAUCCAGCUGAGGAUGGAGACGUUCAGCGUGGAGGGCACGGCCUCCUGCCUCUUCGACCGCCUGGAGCUCUACGAAGAGCUGGGCACCGCUGGCACUGCCCCCGCCCCAGCCCGGGGCAGCCCGACCAGGUUUUGUGGCAACGUGCCCCCCCCGACCUUCAACACCAACUCGAACCGCCUGCGGGUCACCUUCGUGUCCGACAGCAGCGUGGGCGCCCAGGGCUUCAGCGCCCGCUACCGAGCCGUGGCCCCCGCCGAGAAGAGCUGCGCCUGGGACGAGCACCUGUGUGACCGGGGGCUGUGCCUCCAGCUGGGCUUCGUGUGCGACGGCUUCCACGACUGCUCGGACGGGAGCGACGAGGCCAACUGCAGCCUGAAACACAAAGAAUGUGGGGGGCCGCUGACCGCCUUGGAGGGGCAGCUGUCCACCCCGAACCACCCGCAGCCAUACCCGCACCAGCAGCUGUGCCUGUGGCAGAUCUCGGUGCCCCUGGGCCACGUCAUCGAGCUGCGCUUCCACAACUUCAGCCUGGAGUCGCACGAGGACUGCAGCUUCGACUUCGUGGAGGUGCACGACAGCGCGGGCACGGGCACUGCCAGCCUCAUGGGCAGAUUCUGUGGCCACCAGGUGCCACCCGCCCUGACCUCCUCGCGGCACGUCAUGACCGUGCUCUUCGUGGCAGACGAGGGAGUUGCAGACGAGGGGUUCUUUGCCACCUACCAAGCCCGCAAUGCCACAGAGAAGACCUGCAGCCCUGCCGAGUUCUCCUGUGGGAACGGCGAGUGCCGGGCGCUGGAGGCCGUGUGUGACGGCUGGCACGACUGCCCCGAUGGCACUGACGAGCUGAACUGCACCGGGGUGUCCUACCCGGCCUUCGGGUCUGUCUGCGAGCCCGUGGAGGUGGAGAUGUGCCUGGGGCUGGGCUACAACGCCACCUCCUUCCCCAACAUCUGGCUGGCCAUCCCGGACCAGGCGGGAGCCGCCGAGGUGCUGCAGGACUACCAGACGCUGAUGGAGCUGGCGUGCUACCAGCACCUCCGCCCGCUCAUCUGCAGCCUCUUCGUGCCCAAGUGCACCCCGGACGGGGGCGUGCUGCAGCCGUGCCGCGCCGUGUGCCUGGCGGCCGAGCUGCGCUGCCGGCAGUCCCUCGGCCUCCUCGGCAUCCUCUGGCCCAUCAACUGCAACAUCCUGCCCGACUCCAGCGACCCCGUGGAGUGCUUCCAGCCCUGAGCCGGCCAGAGCAGAGCAGCAGGGGCUGGAGCCACCCUCCCCACCCCAAAUGUCCCUCCUGUGCUCUUCCUGAGUAAAUACCCAGCUGUUGGGUGGCCCCUCAGCUGCCCUGGGGUCAGCCCCUGUGCCCAG